CAAGUCAGUGUCAUGGCGGUCAAAUCGAAGUUUAGAAAUGUUGUGUUACAAACAAUGUUAUAAACAUGAAGUGUGUUAUUCCUGGAAUCAAUGUGAAAGUUUUUGGUCGAGCCAUUCACUCUUUCUCCAGGAUAGGAGAGGAGCUGUACAUAGAACCAUUAGAACAAGGGUUGGCUUUGAGAACUGUUAAUUCAUCACGUUCAGCAUUUGCUUGUUGUAUUUUUGCGCCGUCUUUUUUUCAACAUUACAAUGAUGGCUCGGGGAAGAUUAACACACAGGAAAGUGAAGAGGAAGGCUUCAGGUGUAAACUUGCCAUGAAGUCCAUCCUGUCAGUGUUCCGGUCAAUGUCAAGUAUUGAGAAAUCUGUUGAGCGGGUCAAGAUCACUCUGAACAAUGACGAGUCAAGGCUGGUCUUCCAGUUAUACUGCAAACAUGGUAUUGUGAAGACACACAACCUGGCAUUUAUAGAGUGCGAAACACUGGAAGCUGUCUUCUCUAAGGAUAUGUCUCCAAAUCUCCUAACAGCUCCACCAAAACUGUUGUGUGAUGUCGUGGUGAACUUUCAGAACAACCAAGAGGAGAUAACUCUAAUAGUGAAGCCAGACAAGAUAUCAUUGAAAAACUAUGUAGAAGACGAACCAGAUCCCACUAAAGUUGUUCACACUGAAAUGACUCUUGUUCCAGAGGAAUUUGACAAUUACAGAGUUGGAGUAGACACUGAUAUUACAUUCUGUUUAAAAGAGUUGAGAGCCAUUCUUGCUUUUGCAGAAACAACCAACCUUCCUUUAAGUAUGCACUUUGAAACUGCUGGAAGGCCCAUAGUGUUCAGCAUAGAUAGUGAUGCGACAUUUGAAGCUAACUUUGUGUUGGCUACGUUAGCCGAUCUUGACUCACAGUCAUCGUCUCAACAGCCAGUGCAAGAUAAAGUAAAAAAAUCUAGUAAAAACAAAGGGGAAGACAGACUGACUUCUACCCAAGAUGGACAGAAUGGAUACCGCAAUUCCUCUCAGCAGAAAAGACAGACUGUAAAAUGUAAUGACGGACAUCCUGCUGAAACUGGGCAUUUAGAGACAAGAGGAGACAACCCUGCCUAUGAUGAAAUGUUGGAUGAAGACAUGAAUAUUGAUGAGCAGACCAUGAUGCAUCUGAACGCAGUAGAGGCAGAAAGUGAGAUGGUUAGAGGCGAUGGCCAUCAGUCACCACCAGCGUCCAGGUCUUCAUCCGACUCUGCUCUCAGCCAAGUGAUACCACUACAAAGUACAAACAUAGCGGUCAGUUCAAAUGCAAAUAAAUGUGACUUGGAAAGUUCAGUGGCAGCUGAUGAAUCGGUGAUGCAGGAUGUACACGAGGAAGAGGAGUUGGUUCCUGGUACUCCUCCCAGUAAAAAGUUCCGUUCCAUGUUUUUUGGACUUUCACAGAGCAGUACUCAAAUGUCGCAAGUCUCGCAGAAACCAAAAACUGUUGUAUUGGCUGAAGAUACGGAUGACGAUGAUUGACUUGGUUUCAGGAGAAAACCCCAGAAAAAGACUUAACAAUAACUCAAAGAGCUACACGGAGUUACAGAUUGUCUAGUCCAAGUGAAUUAGUGUUGGAAACCCAAGCCUUUAACAUACAUGAUCUAAAAGGUUCUUGUCAACCUUAUCAUGAAACACUUUUACAAAUUAACAGAUGUUAUUCAUUUGACCAGAUUACCAAAUCAGUGACAGUCAACACAAUUUUACAUCCAAAAUGUCCCCAGUUAGGGGUUUUUUCAUACAUGUUUUUAAAAAAUGUGUAAAUGGUACGGUAUGAUCAGCUUUGGGUAUCUUGAAAUAUUUUAAGAUACCACAUGAAAAGCCUCAAAAUCAUGUAAACAGUGUUCGAAAUAAGCACUUGUUCGUUUGUUCUAACAAGAGAAAAUCUGCUCGGAUAAGCAAAAUAUACCUUGAUGGUUGUCCAGUGGACAAGUGAAAAUGUUCAAAGCAGUUUUAUUUUGAGCAAUGAAAAACAAAGUCCUUGUACCUGAAUAAAACAAACCACUUAUUUGGAUAUGUGAAAAUAUUGGUAGACAGGUAGAUUUUUAGUGAACAUUUCUGCUUAUUUGUAUCACUGGUAAAUAAAAAGAAUUUACAUGUAGCCUAGCAUUUCAUAUUAAUUAUUUACCACAAAUGACAUUAAAUUUUAAAAUUAGUUUUUUGAGCUAUAAAAGACUAUUGUUUGACUAUAUUUUAUUGUUUAAGAGUAAAGUAAUAAAUUGUUUUUUUAAUUCAAUCAUAAUUGUUUACUGGUAAAUCAAAGGUCUAUUAGUGCCAUCAUGUCUGGGGAAGUACAAACAAAAGACUCCUUGUUGUUUAUCUGAUGUUAUUUUUAUAUCAUGCACAUUUUAUGUAUCAUGUACAUAAACAUGUGAAAGCAGUAAUCAUUAUACAUAGCAUCUCAUUUGAGUAUUAUUUUUUAUAACUGGUGCAUGUUUGUCAUACUUUUUGAAUAAAUUAUUUUUAUUUA